AUGGCCUUCUCCUACUACUCCCGCCCCCGCCCCCAGCACGGCCCCCCUCCCCCACCCCGCGCCCAGCAGCAGCCACAGGGAUACCUCUACCCCGAUCCCUCCCCCCACGCAGCGCUGGCCACCUCCUCCCCUCGUUUCCAGCCCUAUGCCCGUCCAGCGCCCAAGUCCCACUCCCCGAGCUCCACCUAUCUCGGCAGCCCCCACACGGGCUACCUCCCCCAGCAACCCUCACCCCACCCCUCUUCUGCCCAUCCAUCUCCCUCAUACAUGCAGUCGACUUCAGCACCCUCUGCAUUCGACCCGCCCAGUAUGCCCGAACCGAUGCCAUUCAGCUCGGCAGGCUACGGCGUGGGUGACGGCUUGUAUGACGGCACCUCUUCGUUCCCCGGCUACGUCGACCCCAAUGGGCCGGCUGCUGCUGCUGCGUCAGAGAGCAGGAGCUGGGAAAACAGCACGAGAGACGUCGCACCAGAUGAUUAUGCUCAGGCGCUCGCACUCUACACCCACAUCUGCAACUCGCUCCCCUACUACGUGCCCACCUCUCAGCCUGCCCCCAACUCGUCGUCCUCGACGCCGCCGACGACAUUCGACAGCAUCAUCGGUCUCGCAAGCGAGGGGCAUAGCAUUCUCAGCGGGCAGGCACCUCCGUCCACAAGCGCGAUUGACAUUGGCUCCUUUGGGCCGUCUUCUGGCUUUACUUCUGGCGUCGAGUCGCCAGAGGGUAGGAUUGGCGGCGGCAUCGCCUCUGGGAGUGCGGCCGCUUCGACUUCUGCUGUCGCCACGCCGGUCACUGCUCCCGCGUCCAUAUCUUCGGCUGGACGAAAGAGGCGCAACUCGGGCAGGAAAGAGCCCGCUGGCCCUCCGCCCACAUGUCUCGGAUGCGGUGCCACAGAAACACCUGAAUGGAGAAGAGGACCGAUGGGACCGAGGACUCUGUGCAAUGCUUGUGGCCUGGUGCACAUGAAGCUGCAGAGGAAGAAGAGAAAGGCGGAAGAAAAGGAGAGGGCUGCUGCUGUCGCUGCGGCUUGA